AUGCUAUCCACAUCAUCUUGGCACUUCCCCACACCUCCAGCGGGGCUCCGGAACCCUUCCACACCUCCAGCGGGGCUCCGGAACCCUUCCACACCUCCAGCGGGGCUCCGGAACCCUUCCACACCUCCAGCGGGGCUCCGGAACCCUUCCACACCUCCAGCGGGGCUCCGGAACCCUUCCACACCUCCAGCGGGGCUCCGGAACCCUUCCACACCUCCAGCGGGGCUCCGGAACCCUUCCACACCUCCAGCGGGGCCCCCGGAACCCUUCCACACCUCCAGCGGGGCUCCGGAACCCUUCCACACGUCCAGCGGGGCCCCGGAACCCUUCCACACCUCCAGCGGGGCCCCCGGAACCCUUCCACACCUCCAGCGGGGCUCCGGAACCCUUCCACACGUCCAGCGGGGCCCCCGGAACCCUUCCACACCUCCAGCGGGGCCCCCGGAACCCUUCCACACCUCCAGCGGGGCCCCCGGAACCCUUCCACACGUCCAGCGGGGCCCCCGGAACCCUUCCACACCUCCAGCGGGGCCCCCGGAACCCUUCCACACCUCCAGCGGGGCCCCCGGAACCCUUCCACACCUCCAGCGGGGCCCCCGGAACCCUUCCACACCUCCAGCGGGGCCCCCGGAACCCUUCCACACCUCCAGCGGGGCCCCCGGAACCCUUCCACACCUCCAGCGGGGCCCCCGGAACCCUUCCACACCUGCAGCGGGCCCCCGGAACCCUUCCACACCUCCAGCGGGGCCCCCGGAACCCUUCCACACCUCCAGCGGGGCCCCCGGAACCCUUCCACACCUCCAGCUGGUGUAUUGA